UCCUCUCUCUCUUCCUGUCAUGUGUACGACAGUUUGCUAACUUCUAUUCUGUGCUGAAGCAACUGUGAUCUGUUUCAGGAAACCAAAAAAAAUUCUCAUACCCACUCAUGACGGUAGUAUUUCUCAAAGCUGCUGCAUUUUAACAACGGAAAUGCUUCAGUCACUGUGUCUGAGGAGCCUUCUCCUGUUGUUGAUGGGAAGACAUGUCUACACUCAGGAGCAAUGCUUAAAAGCGUCAGUAAACACAUGUGGAGACUGCAUCAAGUCCGGGCCCGGCUGUGCCUGGUGUAAACAUGUGAAUUUCACCAAGACUGGGGAGCAGGAAGCUGCGCGUUGUGACACUGUUGCUGUGCUUAAAGAAAAGGGGUGUGCAUCUACAGAUAUAGAAAAUCCUCCGAAUGACUUUGUACCAAUAGCAAACAAGCCUUUGAAUAACCCAGUGCAAAUCAAACCACAAGAAGUAAAACUGAAUCUCAGACCAGGAAGGCCCCACACUUUUGACUUUGAAUUUAAAAGGGCAGAAGGCUAUCCUGUGGAUCUUUACUACCUGAUGGAUCUCUCCUACUCUAUGAAAGAUGAUUUGGAGAAUGUGAAAAAGCUGGGCAAAGAUUUACUUGAUGAGCUUACUAAAAUCACUGGCAAUGCCAGAAUAGGUUUCGGUUCGUUUGUUGACAAGACGCUUCUUCCAUUCACUGACACCAAUGUAGACAAGCUCCAAAGACCUUGUCCGGACAAAAAUGAACCAUGUCAGCCAGCAUUUGGCUUUCAGCAUGUCCUUUCUCUGACGAAAAACGGAGACAGAUUCAAAACAAUGGUAGCAAGGCAGAACAUAUCUGGCAACCUGGACCCCCCAGAAGGAAGUUUGGAUGCCAUCAUGCAAGCUGCAGUCUGCGAGAAUGAAAUUGGUUGGGGAAACAGUAGUACUCGGCUGUUGGUACUGGCCACAGAUGAUGGCUUCCACAUGGCAGGUGAUGGAAAACUCGCUGCCAUUCUAGAACCAAACAAAGAAACCUGUCAACUUGUCAACAACAAGUACAGCAAGAGCAACGUCUGGGACUAUCCAUCUGUUGGCCAGAUAGCGCGAAAGCUGGAGGAGAAGAACAUACAACCAAUUUUUGCAGUCACCAAGAAAAUGGAAACUGUGUACACAGAGCUGAGCAAACUGAUCCCUAAAUCUGCAGUUGGAGUGCUUUCUGAAGACUCAAACAAUGUUGUUAAACUAAUUAUGGAUGCAUACAAAAACCUAACCUCGGAAGUGAUUGUGGUACAUGAUACCCUCCCAGACUUCAUAUCUGUGAAAUACACAUCAAACUGUAAAGGUGGAGAAAAGCCCAGUGACCGGGGGAAAUGUGAUAAUGUGAAAUUUGAAAAGGUGACUUUUCGGGUAACCGUUACAGCUGAGAAAUGUAUUAAGCCUCAGUCUUUCCUCAUCGGGCCAUUAGGCUUUAGUGAAAAACUAAAGGUGAACGUUUCAACUCGAUGCGAGUGUGAAUGUGAUGACACAAAUGCACCUCAUCCCCACUGUGGAGGAAAUGGCAAAGUCGUCUGUGGUGGCUGCAGGUGUAAUCCUGGAUUCUUAGGACAGCACUGUGAGUGCAAACUAGGCCAAAAAGACGAGGCCUCACUAAAAGCACAAUGCAGGAAGGACAACGUGACAGAAUGCGAGGGAAAAGGAGAUUGUGUGUGCGGACGAUGUCAGUGCCACCUCACAGAGGGCGGCGGCAAUUUCUAUGGAGAAUUCUGUGAAUGUGAUGAUGAGCACUGUGAAAAAUUUGACAAUAAACAGUGUGCAGGUCAUGGGAAGUGUAAAUGUGGUAAAUGUGAGUGUGAUGCAGGCUACGAGGGAACCGCGUGUCAUUGUGCAAAAUCAGAUGAGUCUUGUAAAAUAGAUGGAACUGUUUGUCAUAAACGUGGUAAAUGCGUAUGUAACCAGUGUGAAUGUGAGAGAGGAUACAAGGGGCUCUACUGCAAAACGUGUCCUACUUGCCAACGUCCAUGUCAACAGUCAGGGAGUUGUGUUGAAUGUUUGGCCUUUGGAACCGGUCCAUUUGAAAAGAAUUGUUCCUUGUCCUGUGGCCAUCUUAAACACAAUACGGUUGAGAAGUUGAUCAAGAGCGAUUGUCGUGUCAAAGAUAAAGAAGGCUGCUGGAUGUCAUUUACAAUGACUGAGCUGGAUGGAUUCGACAAUUAUCUUGUCAAUGUCUUGAAAGACAGAGAAUGUCCUGAGGGGCCAAACAUAGCGGCCAUUGUAGGAGGAUCUCUCGCAGCUGUGGCAUUGAUUGGUCUCCUGAUCCUCCUCAUCGUCAAGGCACUGCUUUAUGCAAGUGACCUUAGAGAAUGGAGAAGAUUUGAAAAAGACAGGAAACAUGAAAAAAUGUCUGGUACCAACCCAUUAUUCAAGGACGCAACAACCACAGUUCAAAACCCAACAUUUUCCGGAGAUUCUUAAGAAACCUGAAUGGAAAAUGCUGGUGAUGAAGCACAGAGUGGAUGUAUAUUAAUAAAUAUAUGAAUUUGAUACAUUAUCAUGAAAUAAAAUAAAACAGCUUUAACAUUU